UAGACAGACCGGUUCGGCCCGCUCUCAUCCCGGCAUGGCCCAACUUCCUCCCGAAUUCCAGUCUCAUCAUCACACCUAGAUAUCCAAGAUGUACAUCGAAGCCCUCAUCACCACCCUCGCGGGCGCCACUUUCGCCCUCGCCAACCUAACUCCCGCCCCUGCUCAGCCCUUAAUCACCCCAGCCGCCGUCCUCCCCGUCCCCGCGCCAGGCCUCGCGCCGCGUCAGCAAUUCUCCAUCGACCGCCCGAGCCCCACGGGCGACCUCUUCAGCAUGAUGCGCAGCAUCGGCGAGGCGCUGUACUUGAGCCCCACCGGCAGGGUCGACGACUCGCUCACCACCCUCUGCGUUGCCAGCGCAUCCAUCACGCCGCCCGCUUCGCUGAGCUCGGCGUACGAGAGGUACACGAGCGAAUACUACUCGUGGGCAAGCGAGGUGGCGGACGUAGCUCAUUCGAUUGCAAGCGAGUGCGGGGAGACGGUGUCGGCCUUGGUGGAGUUUCUGAUCGUUACGGAUGCCGAGAGCUGUACCAAGGCUGUGCAGAGAUUGGUGGAUGUGUAUGAGGAUAUGGUAAGUUCGGCGACGACCAGGAUGAAGGCGUCGACGAGCGCGACGGCGAGUAGCGAUGGGGCGGAGGCGAGUUCGAUUUCUGGUACAGUGGACGAGAGUGAACAGACCGAGACGGGGCUGGCGAGGACUACAAUUGCGGCGUCACAAAGUACGGGCGCAGGUGAGGGGCGGGGCACGAAUGCUGCUGCAACGACGACGAGCUCGUCUACGGGUGGCGCUGCGGUGCCCAGGGAGACAAGGUUGGUCGCUACUGCGGCUGCCGUGGCGCUGGGGGUCGCCGGUGUUGUGGCGGCGCUGUAA